UGAGCCGGGGCCCCCGCGGCGGCCGGGAGCUGCAUGGGGGAGCGCGGGCCGCGCUCGGGAAGAUGCCCCGGCCGGAGCUGCCCCUGCCGGAGGGCUGGGAGGAGGCGCGCGACUUCGACGGCAAGGUCUACUACAUAGACCACACGAGCCGCACCACCAGCUGGAUCGACCCGCGGGACAGGUACACCAAACCGCUCACCUUUGCUGACUGCAUUAGUGAUGAGUUGCCGCUAGGAUGGGAAGAGGCGUAUGACCCACAGGUUGGAGAUUACUUCAUAGACCACAACACCAAAACCACCCAGAUCGAGGACCCGCGGGUCCAAUGGCGGCGGGAGCAGGAGCACAUGCUGAAGGAUUACCUGGUGGUGGCCCAGGAGGCGUUGAGCGCGCAGAAGGAGAUCUACCAGGUGAAGCGGCAGCGCCUGGAGCUCGCGCAGCAGGAGUAUCAGCAGCUGCACGCCGUCUGGGAGCACAAGCUGGGCUCCCAGGUCAGCUUGGUGUCGGGCUCAUCAUCCAGCUCUAAGUAUGACCCUGAGAUCCUGAAAGCUGAAAUUGCCACUGCGAAAUCCCGGGUCAACAAGCUAAAGAGAGAGAUGGUUCACCUCCAGCAGGAGCUGCAGUUCAAAGAGCAUGGCUUUCAGACCCUGAAGAAAAUCGAUAAGAAAAUGUCUGAUGCUCAGGGCAGCUACAAACUGGAUGAAGCUCAGGCUGUCUUGAGAGAAACAAAAGCCAUCAAAAAGGCCAUCACGUGUGGAGAAAAAGAAAAGCAAGAUCUCAUUAAGAGCCUCGCCAUGCUGAAGGAUGGCUUCCGCACAGACAGAGGGUCCCACUCUGACUUGUGGUCCAGCAGCAGCUCUCUGGAGAGUUCAGGUUACCCACUGCCAAAACAGUACCUGGACGUCAGCUCCCAGACAGACAUCUCGGGAAGUUUUGGCACGAGCAGCAACAAUCAGUUGGCAGAGAAGGUCAGAUUGCGCCUUCGAUAUGAAGAGGCUAAGAGAAGGAUCGCCAACCUGAAGAUCCAGCUGGCCAAACUGGACAGUGAAGCCUGGCCUGGAGUGCUGGACUCGGAAAGGGACCGGCUGAUCCUCAUCAAUGAGAAGGAAGAGCUGCUGAAAGAGAUGCGCUUCAUCAGCCCCCGAAAGUGGACCCAGGGGGAGGUGGAGCAGCUGGAGAUGGCCCGGAAGCGGUUGGAGAAGGACCUGCAGGCAGCUCGGGACACCCAGAGCAAGGCACUGACGGAGAGGUUAAAAUUAAACAGUAAGAGGAACCAGCUGGUGAGAGAACUGGAGGAAGCCACCCGACAAGUAGCAGCUCUACAUUCUCAGCUGAAAAGCCUCUCAAGCAGCAUGCAGUCUCUGUCCUCAGGCAGCAGCCCUGGGUCCCUUACGUCCAGCCGAGGCUCCCUGGCUGCCUCCAGCCUGGACUCCUCCACCUCAGCCAGCUUCACUGACCUCUACUACGACCCCUUCGAGCAGCUGGACUCGGAACUGCAGAGCAAGGUGGAGUUUCUGCUCUUGGAGGGGGCCACGGGCUUCCGGCCCUCGGGCUGCAUCACCACCAUCCAUGAGGAUGAGGUGGCCAAGACCCAGAAGGUGGAGGGGGGCGGCCGCCUACAGGCCCUGCGCUCCCUAUCUGGCACCCCGAAGUCCAUGACCUCCCUGUCGCCCCGCUCCUCCCUCUCCUCUCCAUCCCCACCCUGCUCCCCUCUCAUUGCCGACCCCCUCCUGGCUGGAGACGCUUUCCUGAGCCCUCUGGAGUAUGAAGACCCGGAGCUGAGUGCCACUCUUUGUGAACUGAGCCUUGGCAGCAGCACCCAAGAAAAAUACCAACUGGACGAACCAGGAACAGAAGGCAAACAGUUGGGCCAAGCUAUGAAUACAGCCCAGAGGUGCAGCCUGAAAGUGGCCUGUGUCUCAGCCGCUGUGUCAGAUGAAUCGGUGGCUGGGGACAGUGGUGUGUAUGAGGCUUCCGUGCAGAGACUGGGUGCUUCCGAAGCCGCUGCUUUUGACAGUGAUGAAUCAGAAGCAGUGGGUACCACCCGGGUUCAGAUUGCCUUGAAGUAUGAGGAGAAGAAUAAGCAAUUUGCAAUAUUAAUCAUCCAGCUCAGUAACCUUUCUGCUCUGUUGCUGCAACAGGACCAGAAAGUGAACAUUCGUGUAGCUAUCCUUCCCUGCUCCGAAAGCACCACCUGCCUGUUUCGGACCCGGCCCCUGGACGCCUCAGACACCCUCGUGUUCAAUGAGAUGUUCUGGGUGUCCAUGUCUUAUCCAGCCCUUCACCAGAAGACCUUAAGAGUCGACGUGUGUACCACCGACCGGAGCCAUCUGGAGGAGUGCCUGGGAGGUGCCCAGAUAAGCCUGGCUGAGGUCUGUCGGUCUGGGGAGAGGUCGACUCGCUGGUACAACCUCCUAAGCUACAAAUACUUGAAGAAACAGAGCAGGGAGACCAAACCAAUGGGAGCCAAGGUCCCCACCCCAGGGCCUGAAAGCACGGAUGCUGUAUCUGCUCUGUUGGAACAGACAGCAGUGGAGCUGGAGAAGAGGCAGGAGGAAAGAAGCAACUCACAGACUCUGGAGGACAGCUGGAGGUACGAGGAGACCAGCGAGAAUGAAGUGGCAGUGGAGGAGGAGGAGGAGGAGGAAGGAGAGGAGGAUGUCUUCGCUGAGAAAGCCUCACCUGAUAGGGACGAGUGCCCAGCGUUAAAGGUGGACAAAGAGACCAACACAGAGACCCCGGCCCCAUCUCCCACAGUGGUGCGGCCCAAGGACCGACGGGUAGGCACACCAUCCCCAGGGCCCUUUCUUCGAGGGAGCACCAUCAUCCGCUCUAAGACUUUCUCCCCAGGACCCCAAAGCCAGUAUGUGUGCCGGCUGAACCGAAGUGACAGUGACAGUUCCACGCUGUCCAAGAAGCCACCUUUUGUUCGAAACUCCCUGGAGCGGCGCAGUGUCCGGAUGAAGCGGCUGUCCCUCCCCCCGCAGCCUUCGUCGGUCAAAUCCCUGCGCGCCGAGCGCCUGAUCCGCACGUCGCUGGACCUCGAGCUGGACCUGCAGGCGACCAGGACCUGGCACAGCCAGCUGACUCAGGAGAUCUCGGUGCUGAAGGAGCUCAAGGAGCAGCUUGAACAAGCCAAGAGCCACGGCGAGAAGGAGUUGCCGCAGUGGUUGCGUGAGGAUGAGCGCUUCCGCCUGCUGCUGAGGAUGCUGGAGAAGCGGGUGAGAGCCACGCAAGAGAUGGACCGAGCAGAGCACAAGGGUGAGCUUCAGACAGACAAGAUGAUGCGGGCAGCCGCCAAGGAUGUGCACAGGCUUCGAGGCCAGAGCUGUAAGGAGCCCCCAGAAGUGCAGUCUUUCAGGGAGAAGAUGGCAUUUUUUACCCAGCCUCGAAUGAAUAUCCCGACCCUCUCUGCCGACGAUGUCUAAUCGCCAGAAAAGUAUUUCCUUUGUUCCACUGACCACGCUGUGAACAUAGACUGUGGCUAAAGUUAUUUAUGUGGUGUUAUAUGAAGGUACUGAGUCAUGAGUCCUCUAGCGCUCUUGUCGGUUUGAAGAUGAACAGAUUUUUUUUUUUUUUAGUUUGGGUUCUAUUAUUAUUAAAAAAAUAAAAAAUAAAAAAAUAAAAACAACAAAAACCAGCAUUAAAAUGACAAGAUUGUAUAGUUUGUAUAUUUAGGAAUGUAUUUUUGAGAAAGAAAAUUUAAAUGAACUCAAGCAGUGUUAAGUUGCUGCUCUUCUUAAAAUUGUUUAGAUUUUUUUCUUUUUUCUUUUUUUUUUUUUGUACAGCUCUACCUUCUAGAGGUUUCACUGCAAUAAGAAGUAAUGUUUCAGGGACGGUGAUCCUAAAAGGACGUCCCCUGCAGGUGUCAACAGCACAGCUGACCUUUCCUACUUAACACAUUUUGUAUAAUAUUAAAAAAAAAGGCCUGGAACCAUUUGGGGGGUUCUGAGGUACAUUUGCGAAUCUUGAUGAGCUGUGGUGUGUUUUGAUGUGGCCGCCUGACGUGGAAUGGGCAGCACGGAGCAGGCUGAGCAGCCCAGCCCGUGCUGGCGACAGGCCUGCCCACUCCGGUCCCGGAUGCCCAGUGAAGCCACUGAAGUGAGUGAGGGAGGGCUGUGGAGAACUCCUUUCGGUUUUAUCUCCAUCAAUAAAGUGGCCUUUCUGAACAAACUUUCGCUCUCUCUUUUUCUCUCCCACCCCUCACUUCAUCUGUGUCUCCCCCAUUUUUUACCUGUCCCUUUCUAACCAUUUCCUCUCCGCCUGUCUACAGGCCAGGGGCUGGUUUUUCCCUUACAGGCACCACCACUCAUUCACUCAUUGGAUUCAAACCCCUGCUCAGGGGUGCCUGGGUGUCUCAGUGGUUGAGCAUCUGUCCUUUAGCUCAGGGUUUUGGGAUUGUGUCCCACAUCGGGCUCCCUGCGGGGAGCCUGCUUCUCCCUCUGCCUAUGUCUCUGCCUCUCUCUGUGUCUCUCAUGAAUAAAUUAAAAAAAAAAAAAAAAGAAAAGAAAAAAACACUGCUCAGCUAGGGCUGUUGCAGAUAAUGGGAAAUCAGCCUUUAACAAACAAGUAGCCAGGUCCCUUCCUCCUUGCUUUUUCUGACACUAUCCUGUGCAGCUUUCCUCCCCUCCCCAGACCCUCUGAGCCACCCUUUCUCACCUGGGAUGAGCCCAAAGACCUGCUUUUAUCCGUGUUCCCACUGGAAGUAAUAUGCACACCAAAGUUUGAGGGACCUACUAGUAUAAUGCAAAGGAAGCUCAGACAAAGACAGGGGCAAAAUGGUGAGGCCCUGCAGCCUAGGAGAGAGUCACACAGGGCACACUAAUAUGCAUGGCCCUCUCCAGGCCACUGAGGACCAUUGCAGGAGGGGGUGAUGGAGAGAGUCAAGACCAUUUCCCUUGGCUGUGGAGACUCUUCCCCCACUUCCCCUCUAUAUCUGUUACCUGGCUGUUUCUUCCAUAGGAGAAACCUAUAGAGGUGUAGAAUUUAUCCUUAUUCCCCCACAUGGUUUCCAGGGUUUUUGAUAGCUCAGACUCCCUGCAACAAUACAGUCCAAUUUCUCACCAUCAACCCAGGGGCACCCCCUUCCCCAGUACUGCACCCUCUAAACACACCAGACUUCUGUGCACUCUCUCUUCUUCUGUGAAAUUCCACCCCAUAUGUUGAGGGUUGGCUUUGCAAUUUCUUCAAAUGAGUGUCAGCACUGUCCCUGAUCCAUCACAGUAGGCCCAAGGACACAAGGAUUGUGUCCCUGCUGUCUUGUGACCCCUGGUGCCUGCACCGCUCAGAGCUUUGAGAUGUUGUCCUUGCUGGCCCUGCCCUGGUGUUAAGGGCAUUGGCUACAGCAAUGGAGCAGAGGACCCAAACUGGAUAGUCAAGAGUGACCCAUCCCAUUGGCUGUCACAAUUAGAGCGAGGAUAUGCAUGAGACCAGUGCUGGGCCAACCAGUGCCCUUCUUCAGCAUUUCUACCUGAAGGUUAGAGACUAAAUUUUCCCUUCCCAAAGCUAUCUGUAGCCAUGGUUCACUUUUCUGGGAUCAACCUCGCAGAGAGAAGCAGUUAUAAGAAGUGGGGAAAUUAGGACUUGACCUGGGGUUUAAAUCCUCCAUUCUCUCUCUAGCUGUAGUCUGUCUGGUGAACCAGAUCAAGAGAGCCAAUAAAGGGGCACUGGGUGGCUCAGUCAGUAAAGUGUCUGCCUCCAACUCAGGUUGUGAUCUCAAGGUCCUGGGUCGAGCCCCUUGUCUGGCUCCCUGGUCAUUCAUUCUCUCUCUCUCUCUCUCUCUCUCUCUCUCUCUCUCUCUCUCUCCCCGUCUCAAAUAAAUAAAUAAAAUCUUUAAAAAAGAGAAAGAGCUAAUAAAAAUGUGAAGGUCACUCAGUACCAUUUUUUUUUUCCCUCAGUCACACAUUCAUCCACGGUCAUCUCUCCCAGCAAGGCUCAGCCCCUCACACUCCUACAGCAUCAGCUUCUGGGAAGCAGAGCUGCUCACACCCCCCUCGUGUGGGGGAAAGGCUGUGUGGAACCAAUCCUCCUACCCAAGCACUAUGUCUCAGUAUUGCUUUAGCUGACACAGCAUUUGCAGGCGGCCCUCUGUCCACCAUAGCCUUGGAUUCUCUAAACAGUUCACUGGCACACCAGCAAUACAUCCUGUCAUUUGCCUGACGAGAAAUUGAAGAAUAGAUAAAGAAAUUCCACUCAGACUCACGCACGUAUGUUCUCCAGAAUCUUCGGGAAAUAUAGUUUCAGAAAUGUGGAAAGAUCUGCUCUAGGUCUCUCAGAUAGGAAAUGGCCAGAGCUAGGACACAAAUACCAUCUAUCUCCGAAAUGACUUUUGUGUUUCAGCUCUGGUCUCUGUUUCAUGGCACUGUGGUCACAUGUGGGCCCUACCCAAAGGGAAUUUGAACAUUUGGUUUUGAAGAGUGAAGUCAUGAAAUCCUGUGGUUUCUCUGCAGGGGAGGAUAGGGAGGUACGAUAUAGGUGGUGUGACUAGGACACUGGCCUGAGAAAAAACUGACCGGCUCUGACCCAUUCACAAAAGCAAUGGUUGCCUUUGACCAUAAACCUUUUUGCAAUGUAUACAUUAGCAAUCUUUGUGCUUCCUGCAUCCAAGAAAACUAAUAAGAUUUGUCUAGUUACCUGUCCCCCUGCUAAUCAGACUCCUUAAUUUUUCUUUCCUGUAUUCCCACAUUUCUUCUCUGUAUUCUGUAUUUAAGUUCUAGUUCCUUCUGCCCAGUUCACUCUUCCUUCAUGUUUUCGCCCUGUCUUCUUACGGCUCUCUGUUUAUCAAUAUUCUGAUCCUAGGUCAAGCCUGACCCCUUAGAGAAACCCCUCUCCAUAACCCUGGGCCACCCUAUCCAACUUACCCUCCCAUAUGUCACUCUCUGACACAAUGACCCAAUUUGUUCAGAACGCUGUUUCUCUGCAGUAAUCUUGUUACAUCCCCUCAUCUAUCUCUUCCCUCUAAAAUAUAAGAUCUUAAAACAGGGACUUUGUUUGCUGUGCUCUCUGUUGAGUCUGACGCAGAGUGGGUGCUCGAUAAAUAUUUGUGGAAUAAAUGAACAAGAUCAAAUGUCUCCCCCAGAGGUGUGUUUACUCCCUUUGUCAGGCCUGACCAGGGCAAAGGAAGAUUCUGGGUGGAAUAAGAGUACUGAAGGGCGUUCUUUGGGGUGCCGGGUUGUGGACACCUCUCUGAUCCAGCUCUGCACUUGCCCCACCAAACAUGCACACACCACCCUAGAGCGUAAAGAAGCAGAAGUGAUUGGGAUGGCUAACACUCACACACAAUGUUUACGUUCUUUGAGGGAAAAGUCAGGUUAUUUACCCUGAAAUCAUUCCUCUCUUGUAACAAUUAGUUGUGUUGCAUUAAUAGCUAAUACUUACAUACCACACAAAAUCCAGAGGGUACACAAGAGCUUCCGUAGCAAAUUCUUCCACUCACAGUAGACCUAGGCACUGUGCUAAAUGUUUACUUAUUUUGAACCCAUCCUCACCACAACCCCAUGAGGUAAGCACGUUAUGAUCAUUCAUAUUUUACCAUUGAGGAAACCGGCUCAGAGGAGUUGUUUGCCCAACAUCUUACAGAUGGUAAGUGGUAGAAACUGGGAUUAAAACCAGUGAAUGUUCUCAAGACACCUCCCUACAGUGACCAGAGACUUCCUACCUCUGCUACCACCAGUUCCUCCUUCAAGACAUUCUAUAUUGCCAGUUUAUCCCAUGAUCCUCCCAGAGAUAGGCAAUAUAUUGUAUAUAUGCGAUGAAUGCAUAUAUAAUCUUAUGUGUAUCAUUUUCUCCACCUCAAAAUGCAUACUAAAUGUAAUGUCCUAUACUUUGCCAUUUCUCAGUAUAUUUGUAAACAACUUCAUUCUUCUUAACAAUGAUGUAGUAUUCCACUGAAUAGUGUACCAUAAAUUAAUUGAUGGACAUUGA